AUGCCGUCUUGUAUCUUUAAAUGUUGUAAAAGUUGUUCCCAAACACAAAAAAAAGAAGAUGGAAUAUCUUUUCACAGAUUGCCAAUAGAUCAUGCUCUACGCAACGAAUGGGUUUCUAUUAUUCGCCAAAGCAGGCGAGAUAAUGAUUGGCUGCCAUCACAAUUUUGUGUUGUAUGCUCAUUGCAUUUUAAAGAGGAUGACGUGUACUUUUCCGAAAACGGUCGUCGGUUGAUCAAAAAAACAUCAAAACCGACUCAGAAUUUAUCCGCGUUACCACCAUCAACUCAAAUAUCAAAUGAUGCUGAAAGUUUAAUGUGUCCAAUUGCUUUAGAAGACCAAGCGGGUCCUUCAAACUUACUCAUAGUUAAUCAGCUACCCGUGAAAACCGAAGUCCGAACUCCAGAACCUGAAAUUAGAGAUUCGGACUUAGAUUCUGUAUACGAUUCACCCAGUACGAGUAAAUUAAAAAAAGAUUUAAGAAAACACAAGUUGUUAAGAUCUGCUACUAGCCGAAAGAUAAAAACAUUACGACAAAAAAUUCGGCGAUUAAAAAAAAGGAAUGCUUCAUUAAAGAAUAUUUUAAAGUUUUAUAAAUUACCAUACACAUAACCUGUUAUCUGAGAAUAU